AUGAAGCAUCUCAUUGCCGUUGGCGCUUGUUACCUGGAUACGAUCCUCACGAACGUCACCUCUACUGCUGUUCCCUUCUUCCCAUCCGAAGACUCUAAGCUACGUGCCACCAGUCUCAAUAUCCGACGUGGAGGCAACUGUCCAAACUCUCUCCAGGUCUUGGAACAAUUGCUCUCAGAGCACGAAACCCUCAAGCUGCAUCUGGUAUCACCCCUUCCCGCUGCUGCCUCAUCCGCAACACAGCGUGUUAUAUCGUCGUUCGGUGCGCAGUCGAACAUUGACUUCAACCACUGCGUUUAUCGCGAGGAGAGUACAGAGGCGGCAAGCAGUUACAUUAUCCGUAGCGAGGCAUCAGGUAGUCGCACGCUUGUCAACUACAAUGACUUGUUAGAGAUGACCGAAGACGAGUUUGGAAACAUCGCGCGAAGCUUCAACCCGGACCAGGAGACAUGGUGGCACUUUGAGGGCCGAAUCCCGGAUACCAUACAAAGCUGUAUCCGUCUCCUGCGUAACGUACUACCAAAAGCAACAAUCAGUGUCGAAAUUGAGAAGCCUGGUAGGGAGGGCCUCCCCGAGCUGGCGGCAGAAGCGGAUGUUGUCUUCUAUUCGCGAAGUUGGGCUGAGAGUCGAGGACACAAAACUCCGGAACAAUGCCUGAGCGCCGAAGGGCAUCAAAAGGCGUCACUGGCACUGUGUACGUGGGGUGAAGAUGGAGCAGCUGGGCUGUCUCGGUCGACAGGCGAGAGUCUUCACUGCCCUGCCCUGGAUGAAUCAGGGCGAGACAUUUCCGUGAUCGAGUGAGUUGUCCCGCCCUGACAAUACCUAACACAGCAACAAACCUAGUACAAGCCGCGUAAAACUGCAGGACCUGACCACUGUUCGAGAUAUAGUGCCGUGGGAGCGGGGGACACUUUCAUAGCCGGAAUGCUGUACGGACUGAUCUGUCACCCUGACGACUGGAGCGUGGGGAAGAAGCUGGGUUUCGCUGUUCGACUGGCUACACUCAAAGUGCAGCGGGAAGGGUUCGACGGACUCGGAAGAGACAUGCUUGGAACGGAGAUUGGAGGCGGUUGAAUGAAUACCUGAUUACGGGUAGCCAUGGGCAUGACUGCCUGACGGUCUUGUCCCGAUAAUACUAUGGCUGCUUGACGACAGUCCACACAUUCAGCUCUCGAGGCAGACUUUCGGUGCAAGGGUCAGAUGCCGGAAUAUCAAGGGGAAUAAAAAAAAAAAUUACUAAACCGCUCAUUGGGCGGAGAAAGAAAUGGCAAGAAACAGUAAAGUAGCUCGGCGAACCGUGAGUCGCCUAUGGCUUACACCGGCUGAUAAUGCUCUCAAUUCGGGUGAUGAGAGAUUAAGUGGGAAGAAGACAGACGGUUGAGCCUAGGACCGGAAGGGACAGAUAGUGGAGGAGAGAAGUGGAAGGGGG